AUGGAGGUGCAGAGUGGAGAUGAGGAGUGGAGGCACAUCAUCCGCAAGGUGGACAUCCAGCCUCCAAAGCGGAUGCAGCAGCUGGAUGAGCUGGAGCGGGCAACCUUAGGGGGCACCAGGGACAUGGGGCCAUGUGGGGGCUUCUCCACACAGUACAUGUGCAUGUGUGACUACCAUGCCCUGCCAUAUAGAGAAGAGGUGGCGUGGGAUGUUGACACUAUCUACCUCUCUCACGACACGCGAGAGCUCUACCUGCAUGACUUCGACUACUUAGAGCAGAAAGAUCUCAUACCUAUCAUCAGUGCUCUGGAGUACAAUACAUGGUUUCGAAAGCUGCGGGCCAGUCACAGUAAACUCUCGCAUGAAGCUAUAGAAAGAAUUUUACAUGUUGUCAGCAAGUCUCUUAGCUUAGAAGAAAUCUACUUAGAUAACAUUGGUGCCAAAGCUGAAUUUGCAAACAAGUUGUCUCUAGCGCUUUUGUCCAAUAGCAACAUUCCUCUUCAGAAGCUUGACCUCUCCCACAACCCCAUUGAGGACAAAGGUUUAAGCAAUCUGUGCGGUCUGGUGGCCAAGCUGUCUCCGGUGGCAGGGGGUGCUGUUCACAUCAGUAAUCCCAUCGGACGACAAGCCAAAGGACUUAGUCACCUGAAUCUCUCCCUUUGUGGACUUACUGGAAAGGGUGUCAAUAUGUUAGCACAUUCCCUGUCAGUCAAUAAGUACAUGUGUCAGACUUUGACAUUCCUUAGUCUAGCUGGCAACUCCUUACGGGACGAUGUCAACAAUCUUUAUAAUUUCCUAGCUCAACCUAAUGCGCUGAAGACUCUUGAUCUGUCAGCAACAGAAUGUGCCAUCGAUGCUGUGUUUGGAGCAUUAUUACGAGGAUGCACCAGUAGUUUGGCCCAUCUGAACCUGUCACGGAACAGUUUCGGCAGCAAGAAGACCCGAGAGAUGCUGCCCUCCUUCAAACAAUACUUCACCUCAACCCUCGCCCUUAAAACCCUCACACUGUCCCAAUGUAAACUACCUGCUGAUGCCCUCAAGAAUGUACUUUUAGGGUUAGCGUGUAAUGAAAACAUCUCUGAGGUGGACCUAGAUUUAAGCAGUAAUCAAUUGGGUGGAACCGGAGCACAAAUUUUGGAGUCCUGUAUUCAUGGUGUUCGAUGUCUGUCAGCAUUAGAUAUCAGUGAUAAUGGUUUAGAAGCUCAACUUGGACCUGUGGUAGCCGCAAUUAGCAAAAACAAAAGCAUCAGGAAACUUAGUAUUGGCCGUAAUCUUAAUAAUAUUAAGAGCAAGCAUGUGUACCAUGUCAUGGAGUCAGUGGUACAGAUGAUUCAGGAGGAAGAUUGUGUUCUCGAGUCCCUCUCCAUUAAUGACUCCCGGCUGAAGACAGAUUUGCACAACCUUCUAAAUGCAUUGGGGAGUAACCACUGUUUGCAGAGUCUAGAUAUCAGUGGAAAUUACAUGGGAGACAGUGGGGCACGACUCCUGGCCAAAGCUUUACAGAUUAACUCAAAACUCCAAUAUAUUAGUUAUGAUAGAAACAAUGUCACUUUACAAGGGUAUAGUGAUAUUGCAUAUGCAUUACAAAGCAACUACAGUGUCAAGUUUCUGCCAUUCCCCGUUCACGAUGCCAUGUUGUGCAUGAAAACGGCCCCUGAACGGACAGAGAACCUCAUGCGCAGGAUACAAGACACACUGUAUAGAAAUGUGUCGCCCAUGAAGUAUUCCAAUGGACAGGCGUUCAGAUUACAACAGGGAUUCCUCUUAAGUUCAACUCAGCAGCAGGUAGACAGGCUGGUGCUACAGACGGGGGAGGCCGUAAGGACCUUGCGACGGUCAGGCAGCGACCUCGUUGGUGCAAACUCGCUGCAGUGGGCUGAGGGGCUCAUCACAGAUGCAGACAGCUCCAAACAGCUGAUCAGCCACCUUCACGACGUGGUGCUGAGGAGGGAUGAGGCUGGCAACCCCAUAGAGACGAAGCUGCACCAGAUCUCGUCCGAUCUCCACACUGUCAUUACCAACUACCUCCAGGACACGGUUGAGAGCAUGGUUAGGUCUGCCCAAGACAAGUGUCCCAACGUCUUGAGCGAGGAGAAGGUGGUGGAUGAUGUGAGGGCUGCCUGCCUGGCUAAGUCGCAGCUAUCAUCCCAGUUGGUAGAGACGGCCAUAGUGCAGGCUGGCUCAGUCAUCCUCAACAAGGUGAAUGAAGUCAACCUGGCCAUUGCGUCAACCGUCUCUGAUAGGGUGAUUGACGAAGUGGUUGAUUCCCUGUCCAAAACGUGCAAAAACUUGCAGAACCUGCAAUCUGGUGAAGGGCCAAGGAAGAGGGCUUCAACGGGAACUGAAAUGGGAAGCCGCGAGCGAGGAAGCAGCGAGUCAUCGACACGCAGCGAACGCUCGGACACAGUCAGCCAAGGGGACGACACCACCAGCCAAAAGUCUGACCCAUCACCUCUGAAAUUGGAAUAUUUGAAUCUCGCUACCCCGCAGCUUGCGUCAAAACGCAAGAGUCUCCAUGGAAGAAAGUUGAGGCCACAGAGUGUUGUAGCUGAGUCAUUAGACAGUGUGUCGGAGUUGCCAAGCAGCUGUGGACAACUGCAGCAUCUGGGCAAGGCCAGACCUCGAAGAGUGAAGACCAGAGCCCCAACCAGACCCAUGGGCAGAGCUGAUCUAGUCGAGGAAGACCAUGACAUUUCCGAGGGCGUUGACACCUUCUUCAGGCCUGGGUCGUCAACACCCACAACGCCCCUCAUCUCCCCUGACUCAGAGAACAGCCCACGGCUACUCAAAUAUGGCUCCACCUCCUCUGUUGAGAGCUCCCCCCAUACGGGCGGAGCGAGAACUGGCAGUGAGAGAGGCAGCAUUGAGUCGCUCACGCGGUCAGACUCGCUGGCGCGGUCGGAGUCAGACGUGACGAGGGAGAGCCCACGGCCACGCACCAAGUCUCGAGAUACAGAGGAGGAAGAUGAGAUGGAAGAUGAGGACCAAAGCAUAGACGAGAAGAGCCGCAGUGUAACCAGCUUGAUUGGAAGACGAGCCAAUGAACCGAUGUUGAAGAGAUCACCAGAUAUGAGCGCAAGAAAAGCCUCGACAUCAUCAAACAUCAGUUCUAUGGAUGACAAAAGCCGCAGUGAGGAAGACGGGAAGGAAGAUUCUCCUCCAAGGAAAGUAGCUGGUUUGCCCAAGUUUGGGAUGGGCAUUGGAGGAAACAUCUUGGCAGAGAUGAAGAUGAUGCAGGAGAAGAGAACGUCUGUCUUACCAAAGGAUGAAGACAAGGAUCGUGAUGAGAGAAAGGAAAACCCUUCAAGCAGCUUGCUCGCAGGUGUGAGGCUGCGGUCCACAGGCCUCGCAGACAGCCUAAAGUCUCCCACCAAUGGCUUUCCAAGAGGAUCCAGCGGCAGCAAAUCUCCAAACUGUAAUAGGGAUUCGGUUAUUGAAAACGCAGGACCCAGCCCGAACACCAAGCCUGUGAUCGCCGCCCUCAAACCUAAGCCCCCUCCCCCUCUUGCACCUAAACCACGACCCAAGUCUGUCAUUGGAGGAGACCAGAGAGCAG